AUGUAACUAACUAACUCUUUCAAUUUAUUUAUUAACUUUUUAUUUAAUUUAAAUAUCUUUUUUUUUCUUUUAUUUAUUUGUCAAUUUAUUUAACUCAUUUUUUCAGUUUUAACUUUUGCUUUUAUUUUUAUUAUAUAUUUUUCAUUCAGUCUUUCCUAUUAACUAGCUAAUUACGAAUAUAUUUUUCUUGUAUAUUAAAAAAGGGAGAAUAAAAUUAGUGAUGAUGGUGUAUCAAAUUUAUGUAAUAGUUUAGCAGAAAUCACUAAUCUUAUAAGCUUGACACUUAAUCUUAGUUCUAAUAAUACGAGUUUCAUAGGUGCAUAAAACUUACUUUUAGGUUUAAGAAAGACUAAUAUCUCAACUUUGAGACUUUAUUAAGGAGUCAAUGAAAAAGAAAAAGAAAUAUUGAUAGAAUUAGGCAAGAGGAGCAAAUCAAAAUUAGUUUUAUUCCAAUUGAAUUGA